AUGGCGAAGAAGCCCAAGAGAGAGGAUGACAAAGUCACCACUGUCUUUGUUGGCGGCCUGCGAAAAAGCACCAGCGAAGACAAGGUCAUUGGUCACUUCGCCAAAUAUGGCCAGGUGGAAAGUGUCGACAUCAAGAGAUUGCCGGACGGAUCCUCCAGAGGCUUCGCUUUCGUGAAGUUCGCAGACAAGGACUCGGUGCACAGGUGUGUGGAAGCAAAGGCUAGCCAUAUGAUCGACAACAAGUGGGUGGCUGUCCGGCCACAUGGUGGCACCGCCUUCCAAGCGGCUCAGCACGCUGAACGGCAACGCAUGGCCCACGACAGGGAAAAGGAAAAGAAAGAGACCGAACAGCCUGCAACGGAGGAAGACUAUGAAGAGAAGUGGUCUGAAAAAUACCUCCAGCAGGCUGCCUCAUUGCAAAGCGGUGGUGAGGACAAAGAGGAAGAGGAUGGAAAAGACAAAGACACACCAGUGAAUCCUAUGAUGGCAAUGAUGAUGAACCCUAUGAUGGCCAUGAUGAUGAACCCCAUGAUGGCCGGAAUGAACCCAAUGAUGCUUGUUUUGCAGACAGCAGCAGGUGCCGCUUCAUACCAAAAUGUUGUUUGCAGCCACUCCUUUCCAAGCUUCUAA